AUGAAAAAGUCGAAAAGUAAGUUGGAGAGUACGAAUACAGAUAGUUUUGGUAUUUCUGGAAGUGAUUUCACAAGAACUUAGAAAUCUAAUCGUAGAUUUUUAAUAACCAGUACAAUGAAGAUGUAAACAGAAUCAACAGAAUAGUUGAAAUUGGAAUUACCUCCAGUUUUAAAUCUUCCUUUUCAGAAUAAGAUUCGAUCACAGAAGAGAUCUCGAAAUAUGUUACGAACCUGUAAUUUAUUUAAUGUAUAGAAAGCAUUAUAGACAUAAACAACAAAUUCUGAAUAAUUGUAAAAGAGGACAAGAUAAUAUCAAUUAUCCUAAUUUAUAAUAAAGUAUUAUUCAGAUGAAAUUGAAACCUUGAAAGAUCAGUAGAGUUUGGAUAAUUAGGAGAUAGAAAAUUCAAUUUCUAAAUAUUUAAAUGAAGCAAUACAAAGUUUGGAAAUUCUGAUUAAGAAAAUUCAAAAUUUAUUGUAAUAUAAAUAGAAUAGAGAGAAGAGUGAAUAGGAAAUGAAAGAGAUUAUGUAGGAAUGUUUUAAAUAGAAGAAUUUAUGUAUACAGUAAAGGUUAUGUUAUAUUUUUGGCAAAAUGGAACAACUAUUCUUUAAUCCAUUAUUUGGAGCCAUAUAUUUCAAAUUGUGUAAACGAUUAUCAGAUAGUGAAAUACAUUAUCGAAAUAAGAUGAAAGCAUAUAGAGGAUUGGGAGAAUGUUUACUUAGAGUGAGACCAAAAUUAAGCCAGUUAUAUUUUACUAAAUAUUUAAUGUCAGCAUGGAAAUUGAAUGAAAAGAAUCAUGAAUUAUAUGCUUAUGAUUUAUUAGGAAAAUAUUAUUUUUAUGUUGGUUAAAUUGAAAAGGCAAAGUAAUUCCAUGAAAAAAUGAUAGGAGGUUAUUGUGAAGUAUGUAAUAUUCUAUCAUAAUAAUAGGUUCCUGAUUCUAGAGUUAGAAUAUUAGCUUAGAGUCGUUUAGAAUAGGGUAGUUUAUCAAAUAGAAUUAAUAGAGAACAUUAGAUUGUUGAUGUUGAUGUUGUAACAUCUGAUGAUGAAUGUUAUAAAAUUGUUUUAACUUAACCUUAAUCAAUUACAAUAACCCCAAUCACUUCUGUUAAAUAUUUCUAAAGAAAAAUCCCUGAUCCUAAAUCUGUCAAAGAAGAAGCAAAUACUAAUAUCAGAUAAAAGAAAACUAAAUAUAAUUCUUAAAUCCUAGAAAUAGGAGGAGAAUUUGAUAUUACUAAAGUAGUUAUUUCUAAUCCUCAUCUCAAUAUUGGAGCCAUUAAAGAUAGAGUUUUACUAAGUCACAUGAGUCCUAAUAGAAAAUUAGAAAUGUAUUAAUAUCUUUGUUUGGCCAGUGAUAAAAAUGCUUUUAAUAAUGUUAAUCUACUCUCUGGAUUAUAUGAUAGAUUUGAAAUUACUAAAAUCAAUAAAUACCUAACUAAAUUAACAUCUCUUUUGAGUAAUGUCUAAUUAUGGUUAAUCACUUAAUUAAAAUCAAAAUCAAUCACAAGUACAUAUCCUCUAGUAUGA